UAUAAUAAUGAGUGCGCACCAUCAUUCUAAUUUCCAAAACUCUUCCAAAUUCCCCAUAUAAAAACCCAACCCUAGACUGGAAGCACUAAACUAUUCCCGGCGGGUAGUAUAACACUAUGGUGUAGAGAGGGCGAUCAUCAAUCAAUCGGAAAAGCACUAUGGGUUUCGAUGAACACACGGGUUGGAAAUCCGCAGAGGAGAAACGGUGCAAGAGAAGGUCAAAGGAGAAAGAGGGUGAGGUUGUUCCGGCGAAGGCAGGUGUUGGGAGUGAGAAUAGAGGAGGAAGUGAUGCUGUUGUUGCUGAAGGCGAAGCUGUGGAUGCAACUGCCUGGGGGAGUGAAGAAGCAGCAGUAAAGAACAGGAAGCAGGAAAGAAGAGCGACGGAGGAAGUGCCUAUUCGGAGCUCUAAAGUAAGAGGCGGAGUGCGUGACUUGACCAAAGUAGGGAAGGGAAAAAGGGGGAGAAAUGGUUCUAAGUACGGGAGUGGAUUAGACCCUCUUUCUCCAAUGACUAAUUGUAGUAAGGGUUGCUAUGACAGUGAAGAAAAAUCCUCAAAGAAGAUAAGAAUGGGUUGCAGGGGGGCUGCUGUUGUGAAAUCUCACAGUUUUGAAGAUGGAAAUGUAGGUAGUGGUGUGGCUAGAGAGGGAAAUGAAGCAAAAAAGAACUCAAAUAUGAAGGUCAUGGAGGAAGUGAGUCCAUAUCUUGCUACUGUCCAGGAAGAUUUGGUUUCUCCCUCUUUUGUGCAAUAUCCCAGUUUUAAAGAUGGAAAUGUAGGUGCUGUUGUAGCUAGAGAGGUAAAGGCAGCAAAAAAGAAGUCAAAAAGACCCUCAAAUAUGAGGUUGGAGGAGAAAGAGGUGGAUGGAGUAACCAAGGAGAGUUCGUCUUUUGCUGCUGCUGCGGCCUCUGCUCGAGAGGAAAAGGAAGAGAGGAAGCUGGAAUGGUGCACAGAAGAAAAGCAAGGCUUCCUCCUUUCCAACAUUGAUGACAAGAAAGCUGCUGAUGAUGAAGAAGAAGUUAAGUUGGAUUUAAGGAAUAGAGAAUACAGGGGGGAUGAGGCUACUAGACCAGUGCGUCGGAACAUUGAGGAUGAUUUGGCUCAUUUUACAUACAUACGAGAAGAAGGUUACAAAAUAAGUAGACCUGCUGCAGGUUGCAGAAUAAGAUGCAGAACAAGUCGACCUGCUGCUGCUGGUACUACAAAAGCGCCAUAUUCAACGGCUGCAGAAGGUGGCCACGGCCAAAGGCCCAAGAAAAGGGCAGUAGCAGGUGGUCACGGCCAAAUGCUUAAGAAAAGGGCAGCAGGUGGCCAUGCCCAAAGGCUCAAAAAGGCCGGAGAAACUAAAAUCAAACCUGUUUUAACUGCUGCUCAGAAGCGAGAUGAAGCUUACCUAAGGAAGAUGCCAGCUAACAAUUGGAACCCGCCCCGUUCACCUCAUAAUCUCAUUCAAGAAGAUCAUGUCCAUGAUCCGUGGAGGGUUCUCCUCAUUUGCAUACUACUUAAUCGCACAGAUGGGAAAGAGGUUAGGAAAGCUCUACCAAAACUAUUGGAUUUGUGUCCAAACGCAAAGGCUGCUUCAGAAGUUGAUGUCGAGCAAAUUGCACACAUUGUGGAACCAUUAGGCUUAAACAAGCAUGUUAAAAUUCAGCAGUUUUCUCGCGAGUAUCUGGAAGAUAGUUGGACUCAUGUUACCCAGUUGUAUGGUAUUGGCAAGUAUGCUGCUGAUGCCUAUGCAAUAUUUUGUACUGGCAAAUGGGAUCGCGUGAAACCAGUAGAUCACAUGCUUGUUAAAUACUGGGAGUUUCUCCACACUUCAAGCCAACUCACGGAUGAGAUGUGUGUUUAGAAAGUAUGUGAUUUUCUUACCACAAAAGGUAAUGAGGGAAUGGUAACAUUGGCCUUGGUAUAUACUACAUAUAUCUUAUUAGCUAUUUAACGACAACAUGCCAAGUGGAGGCGGCUGCCUUCUCGUGUGGACUAUCAUUUUGUAACCAAACUUUUUUUGGGUGCGUUAGCGCGUAUCAAGUAGAUGAUGACAAACUUUUAUCUCAUUACAUAUAAUCUCAUUACAUAUAUCUUCUCA